UCUUUUCUUUUAUUAUAUAUAUAUAUAUAUAUAUAUUAUCUUUUAUAUACAUAUAUAUGUGUGCGUAUUUUCAUGCUGAUCUAUUUUCGUUGUUCUCUCCUUGUUGAAAUCCAAAGGCUCUCUUUAUCGUUCCUUCAAUGGCAGUUGAAGCUCGGCAUCUGAAUAUUUUCUCUUCUCAGUUCAUCACCAAUAGUCACAACAGCAGAGAUUUUAUUAAAUCAAAUCAAGGGAUUGGGGAUAUGUACAAUACCCAGAUGGAUUCUUGUGUUCCUUUAAUUGAUUCAAAUUCAAUGCAUGAAGGUUCACAACUUUUACCAUUAUAUCAACCCCUCCUCUGUCAUCCAAAUAUUUCAGCCAACAAAGCUGAUAGCGGUCUUACAACUUACAACAUGAGUAUCCCAGUUUCAGCUCCAAGAAAAAGGUCUAGAGAUUCAUUCACCAAUGGCUUUGAUUCAUAUUCACUCCCUCAAAACAACAACCUUUCUGGUGCUUCCUCAGACGUUGAUGAUGAUGUCUUCUCCCAGAUCCAACAACAACAUGAUAUUGACCGUUUUAUUUCUGAUCAUACAGAAAAAUUGAGGUUGGAAGUUGAAGAGAGACGAAAGAGGCAGUCAAGAAUGUUGAUUACAGCGAUCCAAGAAAGGGUGAUGAAGAAACUCAAGGAAAAAGAUGAAGAAAUCCAGAGAAUAGGGAAACUCAACUGGGUUCUUCAAGAACGGGUUAAAAGCCUAUACGUAGAGAAUCAACUGUGGAGAGACUUGGCACAAACAAACGAAGCGACGGCCAAUUCCCUACGCAACAAUCUAGAACAAGUCCUGGCACAUGCGGGAGACAGCGGGGGAGGAGGUGCCGCUUUGGCUGAUGACGCAGAGUCCAGCUGUGGCAGCAGCGACCAAGGGUGGCGCGAGGUGGUGACACCACAAGCACAGGGGAGUUGUGGGGCGCAGGAUAAUAAUAAGGCGUUGGUUGUUGGGAACAAUAAUAGGAAGUGCAGAAAGUGUGGGGAGAAAGAGUCAAGUGUCCUGUUGCUGCCAUGCAGACAUCUAUGUCUUUGUACAAUGUGUGGGUCCACCAUGGUAGGCACUUGCCCUGUUUGUCUUUCUCUUUCCAACGCCAGUGUUCAUGUUAACAUGUUAUGAACACUUGCUUUUCUUUUUACUUUUUCUUACAGUUGUUUAGUGAAACAAAAUCAAGAAAAAGGAAAUGCAAAUAUCUUUCUACAAAUGGAUCAAGAGUUUUACUUUGAUGAA